AUGGCUGGGCCGGGGCCGGAGCCGGGGCGCGCGUGGAGGGCGUUCGCGCUGUGCGGGGCCGCCCUGUUCCUGGCGGCCGCUGCGGCCGGCGGGGCCCUGGUGGCCUGGAACCUGGCGGCCUCGACGGCCCGGGGCCAGCGCUGCCUGGAGCCGGUAGCCAAUGCCACGACGCCGCCCCCAGACCCGGCGCCGGAGCUCGAAGAACUUCGGCGCCGGCUGGCUGAGGCCGCACAACGCGAGGAGAUGCUGGCGGGGAGACUGAGGCAGGCGGAGAGCGAUCGCCAGCAGCUGGAGCAGGCGCUGAAGGCUUCCGAGAGUCGCCAGAGCCGGCUGCAGAAGGAGCUGAAGGCGCUGGAAACGGAGAGGGACCAGGCCAGAGCACAGGGCGCCCAGCUAGCGGUCGAGAACGGAGUGCUGACAGGAGCCCUGGCACGCUGGGAGGCUGCGGCCUCCGAGACUUCGCGGCUGCUGGCGGAGGCGCAGCAACGCGCAGGCGCAGCCGAGGCAGAAGGCGAGGCCUGCACUGCCCGCGAGGUGGCGCUCCAAGAGCACCUCUCCGCCCUGGAGGCCUCGCUGGGCGCCCCGCGCCGAGGACCCUCACCCCGCUCCGGGUCGCGAUCCCGCUCCCGGCCGCGCACUCGGCCCGGGCCCUCUUCGGGCUGCCGGCGGUCAACGCGGCGCCUGCGGGGCUGAGCGCCGGAACCAUGCGGGGGCCCCGCAGGGACAGGCUCCAGCGCGGCUGCACCGGAUGGCGCCCACGCUCCGCCCAGGCCGCCCGCGCCCUGAAGAAGACUCGGCGCCCCCU